CUCCCCGCCUCGAAGUUAGAUGGCUCGGCCGCCACGUUUCAGUGAUGAACGCCCUCUUUGGGCGUCCCCGGAUACCGCCUGACGUAGUACCAAUCCCACCCCUCGCGUCUCUGCCCCUCCGAAGCUAGAGGACGCCCGGCGAAACGCAGUAACGGAUUUCCGGGUGGGCCUUCGCUUUACGGCUCGUGAGUUCUUCCCCCCAACCCAGAGGAAGCGGGAGAGCAGUUUACGACAGCGCCGGUCGUGUUUACGGCGGCGUCCGCUGCGCGCGCAUCUUCCCUCUUUUCCUGGUUUCUCAGAGUGCUAUUGCUAACGCGGUGCCCGGCCCGCACCAUCUGUUGCCAUCCCGGCCGGCCGAGGCCGUUACAGGUUUUGGAAGAUGGCAAAGUUCAUGACACCCGUGAUCCAGGACAACCCCUCAGGCUGGGGUCCCUGUGCGGUUCCCGAACAGUUUCGGGAUAUGCCCUACCAGCCGUUCAGCAAAGGAGAUCGGCUAGGAAAGGUUGCAGACUGGACAGGAGCCACGUACCAAGAUAAGAGGUACACAAAUAAGUACUCUUCUCAGUUUGGUGGUGGGAGUCAAUAUGCCUAUUUCCAUGAGGAAGAUGAAAGUAGCUUCCAGCUGGUGGAUACAGCGCGCACACAGAAGACAGCCUACCAGCGGAAUCGGAUGAGAUUUGCCCAGAGGAACCUCCGCAGAGACAAAGAUCGUCGGAACAUGUUGCAGUUCAACCUGCAGAUCCUGCCUAAGAGUGCCAAACAGAAAGAGAGAGAACGCAUUCGACUGCAGAAAAAGUUCCAGAAACAAUUUGGGGUUAGGCAGAAAUGGGAUCAGAAAUCACAGAAACCCCGAGACUCUUCAGUUGAAGUUCGUAGUGACUGGGAGGUGAAAGAGGAAAUGGAUUUUCCUCAGUUGAUGAAGAUGCGCUACUUGGAAGUAUCAGAGCCACAGGACAUUGAGUGUUGUGGGGCCCUAGAAUACUACGACAAAGCCUUUGACCGCAUCACCACGAGGAGUGAGAAGCCACUGCGGAGCAUCAAGCGCAUCUUCCACACUGUCACCACCACAGAUGACCCUGUCAUCCGCAAGCUGGCAAAAACUCAGGGGAAUGUGUUUGCCACUGAUGCCAUCCUGGCCACGCUGAUGAGCUGUACCCGCUCAGUGUAUUCCUGGGAUAUUGUCGUCCAGAGAGUUGGGUCCAAACUCUUCUUUGACAAGAGAGACAACUCUGACUUUGACCUCCUGACAGUGAGUGAGACUGCCAAUGAGCCCCCUCAAGAUGAAGGUAAUUCCUUCAAUUCACCCCGCAACCUGGCCAUGGAGGCAACCUACAUCAACCACAAUUUCUCCCAGCAGUGCUUGAGAAUGGGGAAGGAAAGAUACAACUUCCCCAACCCAAACCCAUUUGUGGAGGACGACAUGGAUAAGAAUGAAAUCGCCUCUGUUGCGUACCGUUACCGCAGGUGGAAGCUUGGAGACGAUAUUGACCUUAUUGUCCGUUGUGAGCACGAUGGCGUCAUGACUGGAGCCAACGGGGAAGUGUCCUUCAUCAACAUCAAGACACUCAAUGAAUGGGAUUCCAGGCACUGUAACGGCGUUGACUGGCGUCAGAAGCUGGACUCUCAGCGAGGGGCCGUCAUUGCCACGGAGCUGAAGAACAACAGCUACAAGUUGGCCCGGUGGACCUGCUGUGCUUUGCUGGCUGGAUCUGAGUACCUCAAGCUUGGUUAUGUGUCUCGGUACCAUGUGAAAGACUCCUCACGCCACGUCAUCCUGGGCACCCAGCAGUUCAAGCCUAAUGAGUUUGCCAGCCAGAUCAACCUGAGCGUGGAGAAUGCCUGGGGCAUUUUACGCUGCGUCAUUGACAUCUGCAUGAAGCUGGAGGAGGGCAAAUACCUCAUCCUCAAGGACCCCAACAAGCAGGUCAUCCGUGUCUACAGCCUCCCUGAUGGCACCUUCAGCUCUGAUGAAGACGAGGAGGAAGAGGAGGAGGAAGAAGAGGAAGAAGAAGAGGAAGAAACUUAAACCAGUGAUGUGGAGCUGGAGUGUGUCCUUCCACCGAGACUACAAGGGCCUUUGAUGCUUAGUGGAAUGUGUGUCUAAAUUGCUCUCUGACAUUUAGCAGAUGAAAUAAAAUAUACAUCUGUUUAGUCUUUC